AUGUCUAAUUCAGAACUUGCUAUCAGUUAUGCUGCACUUAUUCUAGCAGACGAUGGUGUUGAAAUUACUUCUGAUAAAUUAACAACUUUAACCAAAGCUGCGGGUAUUGAUGUUGAACCAGUCUGGGCAAAUUUAUUUGCUAAAGCUCUUGAAGGAAAAAACGUUGCUGAUCUUUUAAUGAACGUUGGUGCAG